AUGCCGUUCAAGAAGUCACAUACACACGGCCGCCAUGAAGGCGAGGUGGCUGUAUACAAAAUGCUCAAACUCCCCAUCAGCGGUGAUCCCACGAGCUCUGGUCUUCCCAUGAAUCAUGCCGUUCGUGCAAUGGAAUCACCUCUUGUGGCUCUGGGAACCCUCGACAACAAAGGUCAACCAUGGACGACUGUCUGGGGCGGAGAAAUCGGCUGCACAAGGCCGGUGGCAGAAGACGUGCUGAGAUUUGAUAGCAAAGUGGACACCCUCCACGACCCAGUCUUCAAAGCCUUAUUCGGAAGUGAUCAAACCAAGGCCGGUCAUGCAGUGCCUCCAAAUGGCGAGAAAAGAAAAAUGAUGGCAGCAUUAACCAUAGAUUUAGAAGGACAGGAUCGCGUCAAGCUUAUGGGCAACAUGCUUGCAGGCAUAGAAGGCAAAGACGGGAGAGUCAGGCUCGCCAUGGACAUAGAAGAGAGUCUUGGAAACUGUCCCAAAUACCUCAACAGAAAGGAGAUUGUACCGAACGAUGCCCAUCCUGUAUUGAUGCCACAGGGAUUACCGUUACCUCAAGAAGCUGUGGACUUGAUCGGCAAAGCAGACACAUUAUUCCUGUCAAGCACUAACGGAAAGUCGAUGGAUACGAAUAACAGAGGUGGCCCACCUGGCUUUGUGAGAAUUAUUCAGAAUGACGAAGAGGGAGUGGUACUGAUAUAUCCGGAAUGCGAGUUCUCCGGCAACAGAUUGUAUCAAAGCUUGGGAAAUCUCAAAGUAAACCCAAUGAUUGGCAUCGUCAUUCCUGACUUUAUAACCUCCGACGUCCUAUACCUUACAGGCUCUGCAACCAUCUUGGUAGGCAAGGACGCCUCCGAUUUGCUGAUUAGAACACAACUGGCCGUUAAAAUUAACGUCGCGGAUGUUAUAUUCGUGCGAUCUGGUCUUCCGUUUCGCGGAAUCCCGAUAGAGUACUCGCCGUAUAACCCUCCCCAGCGAUAUCUUGUCACCGAACAAAACGAGAGCGCUGCAAAAGCAUCGCACAGCAACAUCGACAUCUCUGCUAAUUUUUUGUCUCGAGAGACUAUCACACCAACAAUCAGCCGCUUCACAUUCAAGCUCUCCUCACAGAAGCCAAUUCCGAGCUGGCAUGCUGGGCAGUAUAUAGCAUUGGACUUUGCGCCACAGCUGUAUCAAGGAUGGUCUCACAUGAGAGAUCAUGAUCCACAGAGCUUGAACGAUGACUUUAUUCGAACUUUUACUGUUUCCAAUACCCCGCAAGAUACUGAGCUUCAAAUUACCGUCAAGAAGCACGGGCCUGCUACGAGGUUUCUUUGGAGGCAUAAAGCCGGCACUUCCUUGAAGCUGUCUGUAUUGGGGUUCGGCGGGCAAGAGUCUUUUCGUAUACCCAUUCAAGGGGCCUCGAAGAAAUCACCGCACUCUAUCUUUAUUGCAGCCGGGGUGGGCAUAACACCACUGCUUGCGCAAGCCCCAGCACUCCUCAGCGCGGAAUCGGAUGUCGACGUGCUCUGGAGUCUUCGUGGGGAAGACCUGAACUUGGCAGUAGAUUCGUUUAAAAGAAUUGACGGACUGGCAGCUAUCACAAAGCUUUUCAUCACAGGUGAUUACUUUGACAGUAAGCUGGCUCACGAGGUUCAAAGUUUAGGGUCAGAUAUCGCAUUUUGGCGAAUGGGUGAAGAUGAUCUCAAGGCGUUGAAGGGAGAGCAACGUAAAUUCUUCCUAUGUACCGGGCCAACGAUGCUGCAAGGGGUGAAAGAGUGGUUAACAGGAGAACAGGUUGUUUGGGAAGAUUUCGGGUAUUGA